AAAGGACAGGGGGAGGAACAUUCGAGCUUUUCGCCGCUUUGGAUCGGGAGCUACUAACGAGUACAGAGAGCUACAGCAGAGCAGCCAUGUCGGAGCGCAAGGCGGUGAUCAAGAAUGCGGACAUGCACGAGGACAUGCAGCAGGACGCCGUGGACUGUGCCAGCCAGGCGCUGGAGAAGUACAACAUCGAGAAGGACAUCGCCGCCUUCAUCAAGAAGGAGUUCGACAAGAAGUACAACCCCACGUGGCACUGCAUCGUGGGCCGCAACUUCGGCUCGUACGUGACGCACGAGACCAAGCACUUCAUCUACUUCUACCUGGGCCAGGUGGCCAUCCUGCUCUUCAAGUCCGGCUGAGCUGCGCCGAGCCGAGGAAGGAGACACCAGACCAGAACCGGAAGCGACGCGCCAGCAGACGCCUCUCCACGAUUUAGCACGGGGCGGGAGUAUAUACUAA